UGGCAGAGACGGGGCCGACGCCGAGCCGACAGGAGCGGAGCGCAGGAGCACAGCGGAGGUGACGGGUCGGGUUGUGGUAGUCAGAGACGGACCCGCGAGUGGUGCAGGGGAGACUGAGGGGUCGGGAGGAGACGCGGGGUAGUCGGACUGAGUGUGACGUGAACGAGAUCCCCGGGCCGCCAUGGGGGACGAGCGGCACAUCCCGUUUCUGGGUUUCGGCGGUGGCGGAGGCGGCGGCACCAACUAUGAGCACUCGUUCGAGCUGCGCGCCCAGCAGGUGCCCGUGCAGAGCCGGCACUUUGCGGCGCCGCCCCCACAGCAGGUGAGCCGGCCGCGCACCCGCCAGCGCUCCGUGGCCGACCUGGAGCGCUCGCGGCGCUGGCAGGGCCGCAUGGCCCGCGAGCCGAGCCACGCCGAGAGCGACCUGUCGUCGACCCUGAGCAGCACCAGCGGCACCGUCAACUGGAGUCCAACGCCGGGCCGCAGACCGGCCACCGCGGCAGAGGUGGAUAACAUGUCGUACGUCCACCCCAAGGACUGGUCAGACGACCGGCUGACGCUGUACCCCCAGCUGACGUCCACGCCGCUGAGUCGCGGCGGACCGCAGACGCCGAGUGCGCCGUACCGGGGCCAGGCGCCGACCGUCACCGGGCGCACCCAGCUGCCGCUGCCGUCGGACGCGGUGCCGACGCGCGGCGGCCCCCUCCGCGGCUCCACACUGCACGUGCAGGGCUACAGCAGCCAGCGGCCGCCGCCCGAGAUCGUCUACCAGCCGGGACGGCCGCGCGAGCGCAGCCUCGACCACGGGAACGUGUUCCGCGGCGGCCGGGGCCCUGCCGGCCUGCACCGGACCGGCGCCUCGACACCGUCCCAUCCGGCCUACCCGGCGCCGUCCGCCGGCGUCGGCGUCAGCGUCGGCGCCGGCGAUAUGAGCUGCGAGUCGAGCUACAUCUCCAACGACAGCUUCGAGUCGCGGCCGCCGACCAACCCGCUCAUCAGCAAGCGCGGCAUCCCGUCCAUCUCCAGCGGUAUCCCCACCAUGGGCACCUCCACCAUACACGGCCGGUACCUGCCGGGGGGCGCCGCAGGAGGGGCACUGGGAACAGCCUCCGGCGCCGGCGGCGGCCGCUACCUCCCACCAGCCGCGCUCGGCUCGCACUACAUCCCCGGCGUCACCGGCACAGAGAAACUGAGCGGCCACGCCGGAUGCGGCAAGGAGGUGGCCUUUCGGCUAAAGCAGAGCCGGCUGGCCGGCAUGUGGAGGAAGAUGGCCGACAGCGGCUCGGGCGCCGGAGCCGGCGGACGGAGGCGCUCCUGUCUGCUGCUCUGCCUGCUGCUCUUCUGUAUCGGCCUGCUGAUUGGCGCUGUCAGCGUAGUAGUCUACCUCACAGUGGCGCCGGACGUCCGGAGAAGCGACGCCACCGCAACGGAUGCGGCGACAGAUGACGAUCCAGGCGACAUGAUGGCGUUCCAAGGCCAGUUCACGAUCACAAAUAAGGUGUUUCAAGAGGGCUACCGAGACCCAGGAUCGGACGAGUACCGUCGACUCGCAACGGAAAUCGAGACGCAGCUCAACAAGCUGUUCCGAAAGUCUAACCUGUCGAGCGUCUACAACGAGUCGCUGGUGCUGGGUCUGGAGCCGGCCUACCUGGAUGGUCAGCGAAACAUGACGGCGGUGACGGUCCUGGUGCGACUGAACGAGCCGCGGCCGGACGGAGCCAUCGGCAUCGGCACCAGCUUCAUCGAGGGCAUGCGGAACGCCCACCGACGGAUGUGGCUCGGCCGCCGCAUCACCGUCAAACUGGACGAUAUCUCGUUCUCAGUGUCUCGCUCGGCGGUGCCGCCGCCCCCUCCGGUGACCCGGCCGUCGCUGCCGCCGUCCAUCGACGUGCGCUGGGGCGAGUGGGAGGCUUGGGCGCCCUGCGUGCCCUGUCGACCAUCGUACACCCAAACCCGAGAGCGGCGCUGCCUGCUCAACAACGGCUCCGGCGUGCUGCUCGAUCCGGGAAACAUCGGCCCGUGCCUGACACUGCACCAGGGAGCCGACAUCGAGACCAGGCCGUGUGUCUGCUCCGAGGAGGAGUCGGGAGACGGGACGGAGGAGGAUGGAGAUCAGAAGGAGCAGGAGACGGACCAGGAGACGGGUCAGGAGACGGGACAGGAGACGGGACAGGAGACGCCGCGACCCGACACGCCUCCGCCGCCGCCGUCCAGCAGUCUUCCGAACGAGCCUCGUCCCCGUCCCAGCCGCACGUGCGACCAGUGCCGAGAGGAUGAGGUGUGUGUUCAGCUCAGUGGAGAGGCCAUGCCGGACUGCCACGUGCCGGCCGAUGCCGACGACCCUCUGGGCUGCGGUGGCCUCUGCAAACUGGAGGUGGAGCAGUGUCGUCAGAUCUCCGACAAAGGCUACCAGUGUCUGGACGAGUCUCUCUGCAAAGAGGACGAGUUCCGGUGUCUGCACGGCGCCUGUCUGAAGCGGCACAUGCGCUGUGACGGCCACGCCAACUGCUCCGACUGGGACCUCUCUGACGAGCAGGACUGUGAGUGCGGCGGCCCGGAUCACUUCCAGUGCGGCAACCACACCUCCUGUCUGCCGCUGCGACUGCGCUGCGACGGAAAGCCCGACUGCUGGGACGGCUUUGACGAGGUCGACUGUCCCUCGUGUCCGGGCGAGUUCCAGUGCGCCAGCGGCCAGUGUCUGGCGCGCGGCCUGGUCUGUGACCAGUUCCCCGACUGUAGCGACUCGUCCGAUGAGUUCGCCGGCUGCCGGCCGCCCUGUGCUCGCGGCCAGUUUGUGUGCCGAACGGGCCGCUGUCUGGCCACGGCCGCCGUCUGCGACGGAGUCGACGACUGCGGCGACGGUAGCGACGAGGACCGGUGCCAGUACACGACGUCCGCCGGCGGCCGCGCGCGACGCAGCACCUCCGAGGCCCCCAGGGUGGGCGGCGGCGGCGCCGACGAUGACGACGUCACCACCUCUGCCGCCCCUGUCUUCAGCUCCCCCAGCACCGCCGGCUCCACCGGCAGCGCUGCUUCUGCCGCCACUGGUGCUCCCUCCGCGGGCACCGCUGGCUCCGGUGUGGCCUCCAGCACCAGCACUGCCUCGCCCACGGCAACUCUGAGAGCUGGUGCCAGUCAAACAGUCGUCACAGAGCCUCACGGGGAGGCGGGUGGUGGUGCUGGCGGCUCCCAGCCAGCCCCGGCGACUGAUAAGCCGUCUGAAGAGACUGCUGGCUCCCUUCCUAACGAGCAUAGUUCGCCGCUCCCCACCACAGCACCAGUCACCGGCGGAUACGUGCCAGCUGCCGCGCCGGACGCAGAGGCCGCGGUGGCAGUGACGGAGAACUCUGAGGGGCAGGCUGGGGCGACUUCUGCUGGGGCGACCAUGGCGCCAUCUAUGGCAGUCGCUCCUGUGACAAACAGAGCAGCGAGGAGCGAAGACGGGACAACCCCAGCAGAUUCAGAAGCCGUCAAACCUAGGGCGACACAUACCGCUAAACCAACAGAAGUCGUUAGUUCAGCAGCUGCCGCCCCAAACAAACCUGCCUUAUCAACCACAACCACAAGCAAAAAUGUCGAACCGGCGACAUUAGAACCAUCUACAGAAAUGACAGCAGCACGAGAUACUAAGCCUACGAGUACCACAACAGCCUCCUCUACAACCCUUGAAGAUGUUGUAGAUAUUCAGAGUUCAUAUGCAACAACGGUUGUGAGUACCGGACAGGCAACUCAGACUACCUCUCCAAGUACUUCUGCCACUACAUCAACAGCAAUGGCUAGGAGCAAGAACAUAACUACAACUGCUACUGCAACUACAACUACAGCUGCCACUACAGCUGCCACUACUACUACAACUACAACUACCACUACUACCACAACUACACGUACAACUACCACUACAAGUACCACUAGGGCGACCACUAGAGCGACCACUAGAACAACCACUACAACUACACCCACUACGACAACCACGACGACAGCUAAAUCAACUACAACUAUGAGAAAAGAGCCCACAACAACUACCACCACCACAACCACGACCACAACAACGACCAAACGACCCACAACAACAACUACCACCACCACGACCACGACCACAACAGCGACCAAACGACCAACAACAACCACCAAACAUUUUGUCUUAAAAAUUGCCUUUGGAAAGAGAUAGCUCGUAGUCUGUCAGCGAUAGUUAUCCCAGCCGCUGCGCUGCUAGAAGGCGUUUAUCCCAAUGACAGUGGUCUGACGUAUCCCGAACCUACCACACCAUUGUCGCCGUUGCUUGGAGUCGCAGUUGGGACAUGUGAGCUAGUCAGGGCCGAGAGUCAGCUAGUGAGACGUUGCCGGUGACUGACGUUUGAUGAGGCGAUCGGUCGCAGUGUGUCACGUGAGUGUAGUGGACACCCGAUCGGACACCAACAGCCAACACGUGCUUUUGUGACGGAGAUGCGGCGGUUUUAGCUGGCGAUGUGAGCGCCCGGACACUGAUAACCAAAGAUGAUGAACUGCGCCGGCCGGGCCGCGUGGCCUUUGGCUCCGCCGGCGGUCUGCACACUGUGUUUGCCUAGUCAUAUUCCCGUAUUGUGCAGUGUGGAGUCUGCGAGGCGCGAAGUCCGGGCGCUGUCGGGGGGUCGGCUGACCGGCCGGGGGCCGGUACAGCUCAGACGGUCGACGGACCCUCAGCACUGGGCCCUGUUUUAUGUGCGUCUAGUGUUGGUUGUGAGAGUUUGACCAGAUUUGUGAAUCCAUUGUGUAUAUAUGAUAUACCUAUGACAAAUAUAUACUAUAUUAUUUAUAAAA